GAAAAGUACUUGACAGAUGUGAAUCUCUCACGCUGAGUGUGUUAGUGUCAUUUUAAAGGAGAUCUCGUGUGGUGUUUCAGCCUUUACACUCAAAUCCAUUUUACGGCCGAGUACACAGCCACGACGGGCUGCGCGCUCGCCUGUCCUGAGAACUUGGAGCCAGCACGGCUUUCUCCGGUACUGCGAACAAGCUGGAUUCCCGGAGCUCUUCACCAUGUCUGGCGGGCUUUAGAUACUCCAUGGAGAAAGCAAACCUCUACGAGGUCGCCCCACGGCCACUGAUGACCAGCCUUGUACAGAGUCAGCAAAACGCCUAUACCUACAAAGACACCGCUGGAGACCUGAGCGAGAUCUGCGAGAACGAGAACUCCAUCGACAUCAGCGCCUACAUAGACCCUUCUGCCUUCAACGACGAGUUCCUGGCUGACUUAUUCCACAACAGCUCCAAGCAAGAAAAGCUCAAGCUGGCGAGCGGAGACUACGAGUACCCCCACGGCGCCAGUGGCACACCGGGGCCCCCUCAGAUGUACGGCUGUCUGAACGGCUACAUGGAUUCCUCCAAACUAGAGCCCAUCUACGACAGCCAGGCGCGAAUGAGACCCGUGGCCAUCAAACAAGAGCCCCGGGAGGAAGAUGAGCUCGGCCACUCGAUGCCCCCCACAUACCACCACUCUCAACACCACGCGCCGCAUCUGUCGUACCUGCAGCACCAGAUCGCGCACUGCGCGCAAACCACCAUGCACCUCCAGCCGGGUCAUCCCACACCUCCCCCGACGCCCGUACCCAGUCCCCAUCACCAACACAGUCACCUGCCUGGGGGCUCCAUGAAGAUGGGCGAUCGAGGCAAAUCCAAGAAACACAUCGACAAGAACAGCACCGAGUAUCGGCUGAGGAGGGAGCGCAACAACGUAGCCGUGCGCAAGAGCCGGGACAAGGCGAAAAUGCGCAAUGUGGAGACGCAACACAAAGUGAUCGAGUUGUCGGCAGAUAACGAGAGACUGCGGAAGAGGGUAGAGCACCUCACGCGUGAACUGGAGACCUUACGGGGCAUCUUCAGGCAGCUUCCCGACGGUUCGUUUGUCAAAGCCAUGGGCAGCUGCGCCUAACAAAGCGAGCUGGACUUUUGAAGUAACUUUUGCGUGAUAUUUACGUCUGCUGGAUAAACGCUGACACAUUCUCAAAGUGUUUCCAUAGGAGCCAGGCAGCUGCGAUAGCCUAUACAUGUGCCUUUUGUACAAAAACAAACGAUAAGCUCAUCUCUUCACACAUUUGGACUUGGCUUGUUGUAGGUGUAGUCCUGUUAAGAAUGUGUGUGUGUGUGUGUUAGCUACGCGAAACAUUAUCUGUGCAGCUAAUGGGCAUGACUUCACCCUGUCAAUCUACUUUUCAUGUUAAGUUACCAGCUUUAGUAA